AUGACGGUACAAAAGAAGAAAAACAAAAAAUUAAUGACGCUUAUAAAAAAACAUUUUAGAGAAAAGCGCAGUGUGAGAAAUAUAAGAAAUGAUUCUACAAUUUUUAGUGGUGGCUUUGAUCUGCAGCUCGUGAUAAAUUUACCUAUCUCUAACGAUGGUGUAGUGUUUUACAAGAGAAGGUUGAGCAUGGAUAAGUUAACAGUUUACGAUCCAGGUAGUCGAUACUGCUUUUGUUACACGUUGCAUGAAGCUGAGAGACGCCACAGUGCUUCGGAAAUUGCAACUGCUGUUUUCAAAACAUUAAAAAAAUACGACGAAGAAAAGAAGAUUUAG